AUGGGGACGGAGGCCACAGAGCAGGUUUCCUGGGGCUUCUACUCCGGGGAUGAGGGGGAGGCUUACUCAGCGGAGCCCUUGCCGGAGCUCUGCUACAAAGCAGAUGUCCAGGCCUUCAGUCGGGCCUUCCAACCCAGUGUCUCCCUGACCGUGGCUGCGCUGGGUCUGGCGGGCAAUGGCCUGGUUCUGGCCACCCACCUGGUGGCCCAACGCGCAGCACGAUCGCCCACCUCCGCCCACUUGCUCCAGCUGGCCUUGGCUGACCUCCUGCUGGCCCUGACCCUGCCCUUUGCGGCAGCAGGGGCUCUUCAGGGCUGGAGUCUGGGAAGCGUCACCUGCCGCGCCAUCUCCGGCCUCUACUCGGCCUCCUUCCACGCCGGCUUCCUCUUCCUAGCCUGCGUCAGCGCCGACCGCUACGUGGCCAUAGCGCGAGCGCUCCCAGCCGGGCCGCGGCCUUCCACGCCGGGCCGCGCGCACUUGGUCUCAGUCAUCGUGUGGCUACCCAGAAGAAAGCCUAUGGUGGUGGUGUCUCGCUUCCGAGGAAACUUCUCCGUGCAGGCCACUCUCGUCCGCGGAGAGGGCACGGCCGAGACGGCCUCUAGAGUCUGCGCCUUCGUGGGGUCUCUGCCUCAACUUCCCCCCUCCAAAAAGAAGGUGAAUCAGACCAAGGAACGGGACUCUUCCACCCCAGAGCCGUGUCCGGCGUUCAUCUGGACGUCCUCUCAGUAG